AUGAGUAGCGCAUCCUCCGCCAUCUCCCUCAAGGGCAGCGCCGACAUUGUCGCCGAGUUUUUCGGUUACGCCAUCAACAGCAUUCUCUAUCAGCGUGGAGUGUAUGCCCCAGAGCAGUUUGAGCGACAGAAAAAAUACGGCCUGACACUGCUCGUCACCGCCGAGGACAAGCUCAAGGCUUAUAUCAACCAAAUUCUGACCCAGCUCAAGGCGCGAGCGCAUGCGCAGAAUGGCUCCUUGAAAAGACCGUGCAACAAGUGGUCCUCGUCAUCAGCAGCUCCACCACACAAGAAGCUCUCGAGCAAGCCCGAGGCCGAGAUCCACAAAGAAAUUCAAGGCAUCAUUCGCCAAGUGACAGCCUCAGUCACUUUUCUGCCUCUCAUCGAUGAGCCAUGCGUCUUCGAGAUGAUCAUGUACACCGACAAACACAUUGACACCCCCGAGACGAUGGAGGAGAGCGACCCAAAGCACGUGAAGAAUGCCGCCGAAGACUUCAAGUUGCGCUCCUUUACCACUGAUAUUCAUGCGAUUCAAUCUUCGGUGACUUAUCGAGAUGCCUAA